AUGGGGAAUGUGGUCGGGUCGUUUUUUUCCGGGUUGGGUCGAGCCAUCGACAAACUCCUCGGCCAUCCUCUUGAGUUCCUGUCCGGAAAAUCCUGCAACUCUGUAUGUGCUCCAACAUGGGAUUUCAUCUGUUACAUCGAAAAUUUCUGUGUUGCUCAGUUGCUCAAAUUUGUUAUGGUGGCAAUGUUGGUGUAUUUCGUGCUCUUAUUCUUAUACCUAUUGUACAAUCUUGGAAUCUGCCAAUGCAUUUGCCGCACGCUCUUUAGAAUAACGUGGGCUUGUUUUUCCACUUGUUUCUCCUCGUUCGAUUUUUGCUGCUCGUAUUUAUGUUACAAGUUACGAACGAUAAGGAGAUUGCGUAAAAGGAGAAGGAGAAAGAAGGACAUUGAAGAAUUUGAUGGACAAACGAGCCCAUAUAUCUCUAGUGAGGAUGAUGAGUACGAAUUAGAAGAUAAGUCUAUUGAUAGUUAUUUUGAUCACAGAGGAUCACGUUUUAGUCGAAGGAGAAAUUAUAAAGUCGAGCAUUUGAGGAAGUCUUUAAGGCCGACCAACCAUCGAGCACGAGUGGAGCUUUCGGGUCACUUGCACGGGAAAAGGGCUUUGAAGAAUAGUAUCGAAUUUCGUCAUAAUUUGCUACACGAUCAUAUUCGUGUGAACAGAAGUUCAAAAUUCUCGCAAAAGGGUUCCAAGGGUAAAAAUGGGAUUCUUCGUCACAGGAGGAGAUAAGAGUUUUUAGGUGAAUGUAAGAGUAAAAUUUUUAGUAUUUUUUGUUAGUAUGUUAGAUUUGAAAUUGUGAACUUUCUACUGUUAGAUAUGUAUAUUUUUAAGUGACUUCAUGGUCUAUUGAAGAUCAGUAUAUUAGAGAGGACUUUAUAUAGCCACCAAUCACAAGACCUAAUCACAAUAUAAGGAAAACUUGCGCUAUACGAAACUCUCUAACUAAAGCCUAUUAAAUAUUCACCAAAUAUACUACAAGAUAUUUACAGAUAUGAUAACAAAUUCAAUAUAAUUUUAUAUUGCUAAUAAUAAAUAUCAUAAUAUUUUUACUUCCAGUGCUGAACAAAUUCAAACAAACAAAUAUUUGAGUUGAUUAAACAAUUCUUAAAAAAGUUUGUUUACUAACGAAAUUUCGCUCUAAUAAUAAACGAACAAAUACGAAUAAUGUUCGAAAAUAAUUAAACACGAGCUGGAAUUGCUCAAACUCGGUUUGUUCUUUCAUUUAGAUAAAAUAAUGAAAUCAGCUUUUAGGAUGUUAUGUUAUGUUUGCUCUAAUCUUCACAUAAUUUUCUAGUUCAUUAGGUGCCCUAUAUCCGUAUUAUUACAUUAUGUAAUUAAUGAUUUUUUUUUUUUAUGAACAUAAGAGAAAAAAAUAAGGAUCUUUUGGUGGUAAGAAAUAGCAUAAAGAAAAAGAAAAAUAUGCGGGAAUAGAGAAUAUC